UGAUGCACAGGACUAAUAUAAUAUUACAGUCACAAAUUACAAGAAAAAAAAUGAGAAGUUAUCAAUGGAAUAAAUUCAUACAACAGAGUUUUACAGGGGAAAUUUUGAAAACAUAUUGCCUCACUUAAUGUAACUUUUUUUUCACAGACCCAAAGUAUUUUUUUAAUUAUCCCUCUUCACAUAAAAUGCUAUGUAUCCAAUAAUAGAAUAGAAAAGAUGUGUUUGCAAGAAACAAUGCUCAAGACUGGCUAAUCUGACCUUGCUGAAUGGCCUUGACCCUUAUUGGUCAUAUAGCAAUGACCUUAAGUUCAUUAAGUAUAAAUACAUUGCAAAAAAAGGUGUCUAAGGUUAAAGUUGCACUUUGACAAAGAGAAGCAGAUUUUUUUUCUUAUCAAGAGAAAUAUUGUUCACUUUUCAAUCUCUUCUGUGACAUUGAAUAUGAAAAACUCUAGAGUCAAACCUCUUUAUCAGAAAAACAGUACAUUAGAUAUAAGAAUCACAGAGCUGUUAGUAUUUUCAGUACUGUUUCAACAAUUUUACAAAAAUCUGUAUAUAAAUUUGUAGACAAGAACAAUUAUUUAUAUGAAUUUCAAUCUGGUUUCUGAAGCAGAUAGUCAACAAGCACAUGUCUUUAAAGACAUUUGAUCAAAUACUACAAAAGGAUUGUUCACUGAAAUUGUUAUACUGGAACUUCAAAAGGUGUUUGAUACUCUUCAUGUUAUAUUAUGCAAUAAGCCAAGUGCUAUUGGUGUUGCAGUUGAACCCUCUUAAUGUGCGAUUUUAUUUUCCAAGCUAUUUAAUCUCAAUAAGCAGAUCAUCGUAAUAAACAAUUUGUAUAUAAUUUAUCAGUUUUCAUACAAAAAUAAAGUCGCAUCGAGCCUGAUGUUUACUAUUUCUAGUACAUAUUUUAAGGUAAACACAUUUUUUAUUGAAUUUUGUAAAAUGAAAUGUUAAAAGCAUUUAGUAUUUUUAUGAAAUAGACACAUAAAUAAAAUAACUGCAGUUAAUCAGCACAUACAACUUAUCUUAAUUCUAAGUGAUUUGUAACUGUUUAUUGACUUAAGAUAAUGAUGGUUUAUAAGGUACAGAUAGCUUUGUGUCUCUGUGCAUUAGAGUACACGUAUUUACUAAUCCUCUAACUUUAUUUUCAAGGCCUGCAGGUGUACACGAAAUUAUGUAAUUAAGUGUUUUCACACAUCCAAGAACAGCAAAUUAGGGGUGUGAGCAAACAAGGGAUAGGACCUCAUGGUCCAGGCAGGUCUUCCUGCACUGAACAUCACUAAGCCUUUACUAUGUCACUUCUGGGGAGGUUUCAAGUUUUAUAUACAGCAGGUAAUUAAAUGUUUCACGCCUCUGAAGAAAGCAAAUUAGAGGCGUGAAGAAAAAAUGGACAGGAUUUCCACAUAAUAAUGAAGGGGUUUUUUAUCUUGAGGCAUUAUAGUAAUGAGGUAAAUUUACAUCGAUUUUUUAAUAAAUGGUUUUGUGGUUUGAAAAAACAUAACAAUAAAAUCAAAUUAAACCAAAAUAACAUUAAGGUUCUACUGCUCUGAAGAGUCAGUAGAAUGGUAAGUUUAAAUUAAGUUACUCAAAAUUUUGUUUAAAAAUUCAAUAUUUUAGCCAAUAAUUCAAAAAUUUGAUCUUAAACCCCCACUUUUUUUUUUUUUUUAGCUCCAUUUUGAAUUUUAAGACAUUUAAAACCUUGAAAAUUAUGUGAAAUUUUAUUAGAACUUGACAUUACUCCUAAUUGUCCUUUUAAAGGGACCGAUUCACGAUUUUCUGUAAAAUUUUGUUCUUCACUUUUAAUGAUCAAAAUCUACUGGUGAAUCUACUUGUGAAGGUGGUAUGCUACACCAGAGAAAUUUGAUAUGGAUGAAAAGUGGAGGAUAUGUACAACAAUAUUUCAAAAGUGAAAACUUUCAAAUUUUACUUUAUUUAGUCAAAAAAUGCAGUUUUAGUAGAAAGCAAUAUGAAAAAAAUGUAAAACCCCAGCUGGAAUCUAACCCGCGACCUACAGUUCAGCAGUCAACAUGCUAUAACCUACUGAGCUACUCAGCUAGGCGAUGACUGUUGAAAUGUAUAGACAAAUAUGGCUGAUAUUUAUAUUUUCAUGCAUGUUUUAAAAGGAAGAUGUAGAGUACCUCCUUAAAAGAUUUCCUAUUAGAAUUAAGGUUAAACAAUAUCACAGAAGCUCAUUUUAGAGAGUGUAUUAUUUGUUUUGUAAACAAAUAUUGUGGUAUUUAUUGUUUAUGAAAUAUUCUAAAGAUUCUGAAAUUAUUGGAUAUCGAUCUAAGUUUAUUAUAUCUUUCGCAUUUCAAGCAUUCUUUGGGUAAAAUGUGUCAUCUAAAAGUUAAAAUUUGUGACUAUGCAAAAUUAAGAUGCUUUAUAUUACAAUAUUAAUAUUUCACUGGUUUGUAUACAUAAAAAGAUUUGAGUUUUUGUUUACUUAACACACUCAGAUUUAAGGCUAAAAUUUUGCUUUUAUUCUUGCAUUCAGUCAGGGUUAAAUUUUGUCCGUCAACAUUAAAUGAGUUAUAUUUUACAUAAAAAAUGAAAAAAAUAUAUUUUUUUUAAAAAGAUUGUGAACCAGUCCUUUUAAUUAAACUCUCCAAUUUGAUAAUAUGAGUUUUUCGUAUAUCAAUUAGUGCAAAAGGUCAUUAUUGACUUCCAUUAUUAGUAUUACUAGUAAACUUUUUUUAAAAUCAGUAUUAUAAGACAUGCUUAUAUGUAUCUAUUUUAUGUAAUGAUUGAUUUGUGUUGCUUAUGUUGUGUUGACACCAACAGACAAAUCAAGUUUAAUCGAAUAAAUCUUGAUUCAAUUUUAAGUGCUAAAAGGUCAUGUUUAGAACACUGUACAUAUCUCAAUAACAAGCAUUGUGACCCCAGUUUUUGUUUUGAAUUUCCUAAUUCUCCUUCAACGUAAAAAUCAAAAAUACACUUCUCAAAAAAUUGACAUUACUCCAAAUCUCAGGUGUGAACCUCUUUAAAGGGACUGAUUCACGAUUUUUGAAAAAAAUAUUUUUCAUUUUUGAUGUUAAACAUUAAAAAUAUAAAUCAUUUAAUGUUGACAGCAAAAAUUUUGACCUUCAGAAUGCAAGAAUAAAAGUAAUAUUUAGCCUUAAAUCUGUGUUAUGUAAACAAAGACUCAAGUCUUUUAAUGUAUACAAACAAACUAGUAAAAUAUUAAUUUUGUAAUAUAAAGCAUCAUAAUUUUGCAUAGUCACAAAUUUUAACAUUUAGAUGACACAUUUUACUCGAAGAAUGCUUGAAAUGUGAAAUAUAUAAUAAACUUAGAUAAACAUCCAUUUCUUUUGAAAAUUUUGUAAACAAUACCUCAAUCUUUGUUUACAAAACAAAUAAUAAACUCUCUGAAAUAAGCUUCUGUUAUAAUGUAUAACCUUAAUUUUUAUGUGAAUUCUUUUAAACACAUUAGACAGUAGAUUUUAAUCAUUAGAAGUGAAAAACAAAAUUUUGGGGAAAAUUGUGAAUCAGUCCCUUUAAUAUCAUUAUUUUAUACAUCAUGGUGCUAUUUAUGUAAAAGUUUGUUUUAUGUCAUAAUCGCUUGGCGUAGAACUUGUAUAUUUGGCAUAUUGUAUAGAAUUCAAAUCCACUAAAUAACCAUGUAUCUAUAAAGCCAAAGUUUGUGAAACAAGGCCCCAUGGAAUGGUAGGGGCCAGCAAAACAGUGAAGGGGGAGGACUUUAGGUAUUCAAGAAAUUAGGCCUAUCAUGUAAAGAAAGAUUUAAAAUUAUUUUUUCAAGAGCAAGAUCACAUGCAAAAGUGUGGAUUAAAGUUUUAUUGAAACUGUCCUUGGGGUGUCAGAAGUUUUACAACAGCAGAUAUGACGGGAAAACUUUUUUAAAGUAAAUAUUUGCUAUAAUACCCCCCCCCCCCCUUAUAAACUCUCUGUAAUGGUGACUAGGGUAAGCUCUAUGGUCCGUGGGCCUCUUGUUGAACUAAGACAGAUCGUCAGCACCUUUAUAUUACAGCGAGGCCACACUGAUCCCGAUAAGAUGGUGUGCGUAUUUAUUCAAUGCGAUGACCUCAUUACAUACAGAUCAUUGACAUUUUUAUCUGCCAAUAUUGCAUUCAUGUCUGGAACAUUAUCAAUUUUUCUUAUCACACAUAAAUAUACAAGUUCGCAUAAGUCCCCAAAUAUUCAUUCAAUCUUUGGAAAGAGGACCUAACUUAAAAUCAACCACAAAUAUCCUAUUAGUCACUUCCAUCGUCAAAUUAUUAAUCUCCUUAUUCAGUUCAAAGAAAUGUCACACGAUGAACGCGAAGUCUAACGUAACAGUUCUUAUACUUUUAUUGACCCGACAUGGGACACCGAGCAAACAGCUGAGUUGCUGAUAACGCACGUGACCUCUGCCCCGGAAGUUGUUGAACCAAACAGUUCGUGAUGAAAAACAAAGAAGUUGGGAUGUUGUGAGAGUCGAUAAGAAAGUGAAUUGUGUGUCACGGCGGCAUCAAAAUGUAUUUGAUGCGCACAAAGAAGAAGUUAGAACAGGAAGAAAACAGAGAAUUAGAAGAGAAAAGAGGGAUACUACUGGAGAGGGAAUUUGCAGAAGUUUGCAGAAUCCCGGAUUCGGCUGCUGCAUCUAAUGCAGGAAAAAGUCCAACAAAGAAAAAUGUGCAAAGAAGCCCAAAAGAUUUAAGACUAGAAGAUUUACCCGAUGGCGCCUGUUAUCGACCAAAAAGUGUUUUACAAUCGGAUGGAAAGGGCGAAACGGCUAUAAAACCAGUGGAGUAUAUUGGGUCUUUUUCUGUAACUGGAGCGGACCCGAACGAGAGGGCCGAAAAUGUCCAGAAACAACUGGAACAAAUGAGGAGUUCUACAAAGAGCAAGAAUGUGUUACUUGUCAUUUCACUGUCAGGAAUCAAAGUUUGCAGCAGUGAUGGGGAGAGUGUGUACAUGGCCCAUGCUCUUAAAAGGAUUUCCUACGCCACCUGUGAUCCCGACUACUGCCAAUUCUCUUUCCUAGCCAGAGAACCCAAAGCUAACCUCAGUAUGCAAUUCUGUCAUGCCUUCAUGACUGGCACCAAGGAAGAGGCAGAGGAACUCAAUGCUAUAGUGGGGAAUGCUUUCAAGAUGGCCUAUGCUCAGGAACGGGAGAAACAGCCCACGUUUAAUGAAUUAAUAGAACAACAGCUUAUUCAACAGAAGGCAAAGUUCCAGGAAUACCAGGAACAAGCCCAGAAGGUGUUCCAACAGAAGCUGACAGAAAUUGCCACUCCCACUCCAUACUCUGAGAAAGCCAUGCAGCAUAUGGAGAUGAGGCGGCAGUCUAGCAGUGACGAUUCUCAGCCUCCGGAUAAAGACCCGGGCAGCAAAAACAAAAUCUGGUUUUCAUUACAACGCAGUCCAGCAAAGGCCAAACAAUUGGCGGAUAAGACAAAGCACAGAUCCCCAAUGCUUGAGAUAUCGAGUCUGGUCCCUACCAGAAGUGAAUCUCCAUCCCGUUCAACCAGUCGUCCAAACUCUGAGGCAUGUAACAACAAUGCGAGACUCUCUGACCCAACAGGUGCUGCCCUGAAGAGAAAUUCCACUCCUAUAACAUCCAACUCCCCAUUGUCCAUCCUCAGAGGGUCCAUUGAUACAUCAGGAAGUCCUGGAAAAAGUAAAGGUUCUCCGGUGACUGCGCUCAAAGAUGCCAUAGAUAGAGGGUACCUCACAAACGGAAAUGUGAAUCCAACGGAGCUGGCGACCGCUCAGGGAAUUAAUGUGCAGGACCCUGAGGGCUACCUGAAACCCCAAAACAACAACCAGGGAGAGGAUAAGAGGAAGAUUUCAACCAACAUGGUAAAUCGGCCCCUGCCGGCCAUACCUGCUCAAGUUAACGGACACACUCCAACUCAAAACGGACACAAAGACAACAGUCCACGACACAACAUGAACCGAAACUCAAAAUACCUAGGUGAGCUGGACACAAGUCCAAAACAUGAAAGAGUAAAAAGUCCAAGACACAACGGUAGUCCCAGGCAUAACGGAAUUCAAAGUAGUCCACAAAAACACAAGAACUGGUCUAGUGUAGAUGACAAUGUGUUGAUACCAGAAGUGAAGAAACGAGAUCGCUUAAAUGACUCGCCGAGGAGGAAACCAGUGAGACCAAUGAGUGAGGUGUUCUCAGACAGUAAAUCUGCAGCAACCAAUUUGUAUGGUGCCCGAGAGUUUGAAGUGUCCAGUUAUAUGUAUUCAAGGGGGCAGAUGCAAUUUCAUAUUCAUGAUUCUCAUAUUCAUACUAGUCAAAGUCAGGGUCAGAUAACCGGCCAGCAGUACAGAGGUCAUAGUCAGAACCAGGGUAACCGACGCAGAGGUGAGGAGACCAGAAGCAAUCAGAAGGUGAUUCUGAGGUACCAAAAUGACAGCCCCUUCCAGGAGGCGGGGUCUUAUGAAAAUCCCACAGACGAGGAGGCCUCGGGCUCACAGCCUAAACCACCAGGUGAAAAAAUGGUGAAAAUCAUUACAGGAAGGUUGGAGUCCUUAAUGGGUCUGGACAGAAGUCAUAUUGAAGAUGAGACUCUACGACAUUCCUCUUGGUACCAAGCUGGGAUUCCAAGAGAGAUAGCUUUAGAAAUCCUACAGCAGGAAGAGAUAGGAUCCUUUAUUGUGCGAGAUAGCUCCACCCACCCUGGGUGCUAUGCCUUGUCCGUCCGAGUGCCAAAGUUUGAAAAUCCCACAGGAAUUUCCCAUUAUCUCAUUCUGAAAACACAAAGAGGUGUCAAAUUAAAGGGUUUGGAGAAAGAAUGGCCUGACCUCUUAGCACUAGUCACACAUCACACAGUGAUGUCAGAAAUGUUACCGUGUACACUAAGACUUCCUCACAAAUCCAAAAAUCCAGCAUACAAGGAUUCGGAAGACGACAAGAAAGAGGAAGAUCCCGAUUAUCAGAGACUCUCGGAUUUCACAUCUAUGAUGGCCGCUCUGAAAAAUUGACCAUGUAUCAUUUUCAUUUGGGCAUGUGUAAUCGGAAAGCCAAGCCAAGUUGUUGUUUAUUUAUUUGUUUAUGUUCUGUGGCCUUGAAUGUUCAUAUGUUUGUGUUUUUUGUUAAUGGAUAUUUCCUGUUAGAAUUUUGCUCUACAGGUUCAUCUCUCUGCUUUAUAUUACAUAAAUGUUAUGUAAACUGGUUGAUGUUUAAAAUAUGUGACAUUUUUCUGCUGAAGUCUAUUUGAGGAACAAGUUUUUAUUGUGCCAGAUUUACCUUUUAAUGAUAACAUCGGAGAGAAAUGUAGCAGACUUGAUAAGUAAUGCAGCUCUGGAUUCAGCAAUUGUGGAGGAAUUCAUCAAUGUUUAUAUUUUUAGUGUUUAUUUUAAAGUUUACAAAAUUCUAAUGAAAUACCAGUUUGUGGAAAAAUAUCUUUGAAUUUAUUGGGGGGGGGGGGGGUUACUUUGGGUUUUUUUUGGGGGGGGGGGGUUCUUUUUUUUUCUUUACCACUUUGCCACUGAAUGUCUCCUAUUCUGACUGUAUGAUAUUAUGUAAUACAAGUGUAUGUUCACAGAUUUAUUGAAGUUUUUAAAAGUUAGCAUGUCCAGUAUGUAUUUUUGGUUAUGCAAGUGUGAUAAAAUAAGAUUGUGAUGUUUAGGGCAUUCAGUGAGAUACACAAAGACACUGGUUGGACUUUACAUGUAAUAAAGCAUGUUAAAUCUGAUGAGUUGUAACUAGAUAAUUCUACUCACUGGUACAUGAAUUCAUUCAUGAAAGGACAUCAUUCAUAGUAAAUGUUUUGUGGCUUACUGUCUGAUGAUUUUAAUGGUGCUUGAACUAUAAGGAGUGUGAAUUUUACAUUGCCAUGUUAUUCAGAGUGAAAGCAUUGCAUGUAUUGUAUAAGCCAUUACACUUUGUUUAGAUAUUCGUAAUGAAUUCAUUAUCUUUGUCAAUCAUUUUAACUGGUUGUAAUUAAAAUAACUGUUUACUGCCCCUGAGAACCAGUCAUUCCAUGUUUGACUCUAUUCAUCUGCUUGUCUUCCCUGGAAUAAUUUGCAAUAGAAUGAGUGGCUUGAUUAAACUCAACCAAAGCUUUAGUUUUACACAUGAUGCUGUAGUUUCACUUUCAUGUAUAUAAUAUACAUAUAUAUAUGUGUGAGUUGUACAAGGCAAUACACUGUGUUUGAUAGGAACACACACCCCGCUUCAGCCUUAGCAAACUGUGAUGCAGGUUUUAUGUACAUGUUAUUUGUGAUUCAGAUUUGUUACAAAGUAUUAUGGCAUCUUGCCUUCAAUAAAAUAUUUAUCAGAAACA